AUGGAGGAGAGGGAAGAAAGACAAGAGCCUGCAACAGGUUCGCACUUUGUGGGCAAGAAGGAGGACCUGAUAAAAGCCAAGCGGUCGUUCAGGACCGUGGAGGGCCGGGACAUACUUGUGCUCUAUCACCAGGAGACAUUCUACGCUCUGGACUUCCACUGCUACCAUGCUGGAGUACCAUUGCAAAAUGGAGACAUAGAGGAAUUUGACGGCAAACUGUGCAAGUUCAAGAUCUCUCUGGCCGAGGGGGAGAGCAUCUAUAGGGCCACCAACCCCUAUGACCCUGUGCUGACACCAAGGUGGUACUCCAAGGGCAUCAAGCAAAGAAUCCACACGGUGACCGAGACCGAUGGGGAUGUCUAUGUCACACUGUCCCACGUUUCCUGUUUUAUCGAGUCUGAUUACUUCCAGGGAGAGAAGGGCAAAGUAGGGAGAGAGAGCAUAGAGGCCGAAGAUGCUGCUAAGAAAUCUAAGGCCACAAUCUUCUGAUGGACUGAUUGGCUGCAUGUCAAUAGUCCAAAGUUGCUUCCUCUCCUCGCUUUCUCAUCUGCACUGAUCUGAAGGGAAGGUGAAAGAGGGAAGGAGGCAAGGACAUGAUGCCACGUCAAACUAUUAAUAUACAGUUGGGGGUUUUCCUGAAGUUUACUUGUAUUCAAAUGGGGAUGAAGUAUUUAUGGCAACCUCGACCUUUGACAUUUGAUUCAUGUCCAGGUGCGUAAGUGGCAAAUCAGAUCACGACAUAAAAAUUCUGAAGGCAGGAUUUGACUGAACUAAAAACGAAUGUCUCUGUCCUUAAUGUGUGGGG